AUGGAAGUUGCGAGACGACAACGAAAGCGUCGUGCCACCGAAAGUAUCGAAGAUCGAAAUGAGCGCCGCCUUACGAAUCCAGUACGUCAGAGACGGAACCGUGAAGCCGAAAGCACCGAGAGUCGAAAUGAACGACUGUUUGCGAAUGCACAACGUCAGAGGUUACGUCGUCAAGAUGAAAGCGCUGAAAGGCGUAUUGAGCGUCGUCUUGAGAACGCGCAACGUCAGACGAUGCGUCGUCAAAACGAAAGUGCUGAUAUCUGCGCUCAACGUCGUUUUGGAAACGCUGCGCGCCAGAGAAAGCGCCGUGAAAACGAGAAUGAUGAGGAAAGGGCAGUGUGCUUACGCGAGAACGCACAACGCUCACAAAGGCUGCGUCAGACUAAACCAGGAGAAAAACGAGUCAGACGCACGAUAGCAGACGCACAGCGUCACCGAGUGCAACGUCGAAAUGAAAACGUCGAACAGCACGCCGAACGAAUGCAUGCCAUUGUUGAGCGAAACCACCAACGUCGUGCUGCCGAAACCUUGGAAUAG